CUCUCCUGCUUCAUCUCUCCCCAAUUAACCUGCCCGAGACAAUGGCAACCCGCGUGUGCAUCAAAGACAUUGAAGAUCUGGCCGCACCAGCCGGCGGUCGGCGCCAGCCGUGCACCCAGCAAUGCACCAACUGCCCCACCCGAGAGAGCCCAAAGAUCUGGGACAUCAUCAUCGUCGGCUGCGGUGCGAUCGGCUGUUCGAUUGCCCGCGAACUGGCCAAGUACCAGCUCUCGGUUCUGAUGCUGGAAAAGGCCAGUGAUAUUGCACAGGGAGCGUCCAAGGCCAACAGCGGCAUCGUCCACGGCGGCUAUGACGAGGAACACGGCACGCUCAAGUCCAAGGUCUCGCACUGGGGCAAUCAGCUCUUUUCCGGGCUCGACGAAGAGCUCGAGUUUGGCUUCCGGCGGAUCGGCUCGCUUGUUUUGGCCUUCAGCCAGCAGGAGCGGGACGGCGAGCUGGUCCGGCUGCUGCAGAAUGGUGCCCGCAACGGGGUGCAGGGGCUGCGGAUCCUGGAUGGAUACGACGAGAUCUGCAAGAUCGAGCCGCAUGUUCAUCCGAGCGUCGUUGCGGCCCUGCAUUGCCCCCACACCGGGAUCACGUCGCCGUAUGAGUAUGUCAUUGCCCUGGCGGAAAACGCGAUGGAAAACGGCGUCGAGAUCAAGUUGCUCCGGGAGGUCGUUGGUAUCGAGGCUCUGUCAUUGCAGGAGGCCUCUCCAGGCAAUCUCCAGCGGCAGCAUCAUCAUGGCCAUCAGGCCGGUGGCGAAGAACCUGCCUGCUCGGCACCAGCACCGCAACAGCAACUGUUUCGCAUCCGGGCUGAAAACCACUCGACCCUGGACUAUGAAGUCUUCCAUUCGCGUGUGGUCAUCAACUGUGCGGGGCUCUAUGCCGACAAGAUCGCACAGAUGGUCGGGCCCUGCGACUUUCAGAUCGUACCUCGGCUCGGCGAGUACAUCCUGCUCGACAAGUCCCAGGGGCAUCUGGCCCAGCAUGUGCUGUUCCCAGUGCCCUCCCUCGAGCGCGGCAAGGGCAUCCUCGUCAGCCCGACCUUCUGGGGCAAUCUUUUGCUUGGGCCGACCUCGCGGACCCUCAAAGAGUCCUUUGAAGAAACCAACACCCACGUCCUGCACUUCAUCAUCAAGUCCGCGCAGCAAUCUCUCCCGGCCUUUGAUGUGUCGCACGCCAUCACCUCGUACACCGGGCUCCGGGCCAAGUGCAGCCGGAAAGACUUUGUAAUCGAGGAGAAUCCUGCGGUGAAGAAUUUUAUCAACGUUGCCGGCAUCGACUCGCCUGGUCUGACGAGCUCGCCGGCCAUUGCAUUGGUCGUUUGUCAGCUCCUCCAGUCCAAGACGCAGCUGGCUUUUCGUGCCAAGGACUCGUUCCAGCCCCGCCGACGGCGACUGAUCCAGCCAAAGCAGCCCAACGGGCCGUAUCGUGUCGACCACCCCGACCCCCGCUUCAACAUCAUAUGCCGCUGCGAGGGCAUCACCGAGGCUGAGAUCCUCGACACCAUGUCGCGGCCCUCGCCUGUGCAGGCGCAUUCGACUGAUACCAUCAAACGACGGACACGGGCCGGCAUGGGGGCCUGUCAGGGCCGCUUCUGUGAGCCCAGGGUAUCGGCACUUAUAUCACGAGAGACGGGGCAGCCGCUGGAAAAAGUCGAGCGCCGUGCUCUGGGCUCCUCGAUCCUCCCGCACCAGCGACUCACCGAGGACGACAAGGAUCUGCUCGACAAAAUGCAGAAGCUUGAGUAUGAUCAAGACGACCGCCAGGGCAAGCUGCUGUCGAAACUCUGAAAGGUUCGGUCCCCACGGCGCGCUGAAGGGACGAUAUAUGCCGAU